AAUCUGUUUUUUUUACAUAAAUGCAUAGUUUUGUGACAUGCUGCUACUGAGAAAAACCCAAGUGCUUUUCAGCUUUGUGCAGUGUUGGAACAGGCUGUGUAUUGAGCAGGCAGUGGAGCUAGAGACCUCUAACCUUGACCUUUUUCCUUCUCUUUCCAGUACAAGAGCCAUUGCCUCCUGCAGAGCUGGUCUCUUCAAGGAAAAGUCCUUGCUUUCAUUUUGUCCUUUCCAUUCCUCCCCAAACUACCUGUUCUCUUGGGAGCUGACUUCAUUUGCAGCUGUGCAGCCUGUGCCUGUUUCUUUUCCCAGUGAUUGUGUGUUUGAUGUGCUCCUGGGUGGCUCUGCUGGAGAGGCAGAGCUGCUCUGCCCACACUGGCAGUGUCGGGGACCCAAGAGCAGAUUAUUCCUGCUGGAAUAUUUUCACAUGUGUUGAAUUGCUUUGAACUUUGUGUAUCUGUUCCAAGGCUGGAGGAGGAUGGGGUGAAGUAUUACAGUUAUUUCUGCUCUGUCCUGAAAGAACAUUUUAUGAAAUGUAUUCAUUGCAGCAUGCUGUGGAUAUUAAUAGAUUGUUUAGUUAGAACUUGGUGUAAAUGCAGUUGAACCUAAUGUUGGAGUGCUAGGUCAGUGUUUAGUGGGGCACCAGAGUCACCUCUCUCUUGUGAGCAGUGCUUUAGGAUCUUUAACUCCCACAGGUGGUCACGGUGCCAGUGCCAGCCCCAGUGCCACUGGGAUGUGGUGCCAUCUCCUGACUCACUGGGGUCUCUUCCUGCAGGAGCAGGGUUUUCCUUGGGUCUCCCAUCCCUGCACUAAUCCUGACCUUGUUUAGUUUGAGGUCUGAGAGUACAGGCUGGUGUGUCGCAGCUGCCAUGUAACAGAGUAAAGAAUCCCUUCAGAAAUGCUGUUAGCAGUGUAACUGCAAUUGGAACAAGAGGUCUUGUUUACUUCCUGCAAAAUGUAAAACUUGUUUUUCUUGUUCACAUCUGUCUUCACAUCAGUAAUUGGAAUUUUACUGCGUAAAGACUGAAUAUUGUGUUUGGUCUUAUUUACAGAUCUUAUAGCAGAAACUUUUUGCCCAAACUUCAGUUACUUUUAACUUCCUUUCGUCCUUUUCUGUGGUGCUAGAGGUUUCAUUUUCAAAUAUGUGUUAUAUGCCAAAGUCAUCUUGGAUUCUAUGGGCCUAAGUUUUUUGUGUUCUUCUCACAGACACAGUACAGUAAUGUAGGGUAAGAAUAAAGCCAUUAACCAGAGAUCAAGGCUUACAUGUCAGUAAACUUUAGAGAUGCUUUCAGACAUCGCAAACUUCUGAAAUUCACCUUUCUUCAGUGUGAAAGUAGCUUUUUGUGGAAGAAGAGUAGUAUGUAUAGGAAACACUACUGUAUUUUUAUCUGCAAUAAUAUAUGUAGGUUCUGGGUACCUCUUGAAUCUGUUAUGUGAUAAAAGCCUUGUAAGAUUGAGAUCUUUAAUGUUUUUUAGCUCAACAUGAUGCAUAAGUUUAAAACUGCAUCUGUUUAAAGGGAUUUAUGACUAAAACUGCUUGUUUUUCUACAGAAUUGUCUGGUGUUUCUCAGCUUGAAGAAGAUCUGCAGUCAUUAUUGAUCCUCUUUCUUGGCGUUACCGUUUUUGAAGUGAAGUUUGCCUAGCUUUCUAGUGUGAGCUCUCUUUGCAGCCAUCUUAAAAAAAAAAAAAAAAAAACUAAACAAAAAGAAUUUUUUGAUCCAUAAAGUAGACAAGCUCUAGUUCUACAAUGUCCAAGUCAUUCCAGCAGUCAUCUCUGAGUAGGGAUUCACAAGGUCAUGGGCGUGACCUCUCUGCAGGAAUAGGCCUUCUUGCUGCUGCUACCCAGUCUUUAAAUAUGCCAGCAUCUCUUGGAAGGAUGAACCAGGGUACUGCACGCCUUGCUAGCUUAAUGAAUCUUGGAAUGAGUUCUUCAUUGAACCAACAAGGAUCUCAUAGUGCACUGUCUUCUGGUAGUACCUCUUCCCAUAAUUUGCAGUCUAUAUUUAACAUUGGAAGUAGAGGUCCGCUCCCUUUGUCUUCUCAGCACCGUGGAGAUGCAGACCAGGCCACAAACAUUUUGGCCAGCUUUGGUCUGUCUGCUAGAGACUUAGAUGAACUGAGUCGCUAUCCAGAGGACAAGAUCACUCCUGAAAACUUGCCUCAGAUCCUUCUACAACUUAAAAGGAGGAGAGCUGAAGAAGGUUAUGGUAGAGAUGGCAGAUCAUCCACACGGGAACCACCAUACAGAGUACCUAGGGAUGAUUGGGAAGAAAAAAGGCAUUUUAGAAGAGAUAGCUUUGAUGAUCGUGGUCCUAGUCUCAACCCAGUGGUUGACUAUGACCAUGGAAGUCGUUCUCAAGAAUCUGGUUAUUAUGACAGAAUGGAUUAUGAAGAUGACAGAUUGAGAGAUGGAGAAAGGUGUAGGGAUGAAUCUUUUUAUGGUGAGACUUCGCAUAACUAUCAUAAAUUUGACAGUGAGUAUGACAGAAUGGGUCGUGGUCCUGGUCCCGAGAGAUCUCUCUUUGAGAAAAAGAGAGGUGCUCCUCCAAAUAGCAAUAUUGAAGACUUCCAUGGAUUCUUACCGAAGGGUUAUCCCCAUCUGUGCUCUAUAUGUGAUAUGCCAGUUCAUUCUAAUAAGGAGUGGAACCAUCACAUCAAUGGAGCGACUCACAGCCGCCGCUGUCAGCUGCUGCUCGAAAUAUACCCAGAAUGGAAUCCUGACAGUGAUUCAGGACAUGGAAUGGGUGAUCCCUUUAUGUUGCAGCAAUCUACAAACCCUGCACCGGGAAUUUUGGGACCACCACCACCUCCAUUCCACCUUGGAGGACCUCCUGUUGGGCCCAGAGGAGCUGGAAAUGGAAAUAUGCAAGGACCCAGACACAUGCAGAAGGGCAGAGUGGAAACAAGCAGAGUUGUGCACAUCAUGGAUUUCCAGAGGGGAAAGAACCUGAGAUAUCAGCUGCUGCAGCUUGUUGAACCCUUUGGGAUAAUCACAAAUCACCUGAUUCUGAACAAAAUCAAUGAGGCAUUUAUUGAAAUGUCAACCACUGAAGAUGCCCAGGCUGCAGUGGAAUAUUAUUCAACAACACCUGCCCUGGUGUUUGGUAAACCAGUCAGAGUCCACUUGUCACAGAAAUACAAGAGAAUAAAGAAACCUGAGGGUAAGCCUGACCAAAAGACUGAGCCCCCAAAACCAGAGCUGGGUCGUGUGAUCCACCUGAGCAAUUUGCCCCACUCGGGCUACUCCGACAACGCUGUGCUCAAGCUGGCUGAGCCCUAUGGCAAGAUCAAGAACUACAUCCUCAUGAGAAUGAAAAGCCAGGCCUUCAUUGAGAUGGAGACCAGAGAAGAUGCUUUGGCCAUGGUUGAGCAUUGUGCCAACAAAGCCCUUUGGUUCCAAGGCAGAUGUGUCAAAGUGGAUUUAUCUGAAAAGUACAAGAAGCUGGUGUUAAGGAUUCCCAACAAAGGAGUUGAACUGCUGAAAAAGGAUAAAACCAGAAAGAGAACAUAUUCCCCAGACAGCAAAGAUUCUCCCAGUGAUAAGAAGUCCAAAACAGAACCUGCUCAGAAACCUGAAAGUGGCAAUACAGAAGAAAAAGCAAAAGAGGAGAAACAGGAGGAUGCUGCUGAGCCUUCAGGUGCCAAAAGUGGGGAACAGACAGAGCAAGAUGAGCCCAGUUUACUCCUGGAGUCUGAAGAUGAGCUGCUGGUGGAUGAGGAGGAGGCAGCAGCACUGUUAGAAAGUGGCAGCUCAGCAGGAGAGGAUGCAGAUGUUGCCAAUUUAGGUGAUGUGGCUACUGAGGAAAAAAAGGACACGCCUGAUGAUGCGACUGUAAAAACUGAGGGCAAUGCUGCAACCACUCCAGCAGCCAAGAAAAAGCUUAAAAAGCGCUACGUGGGCGGCUUCCCCCGCAGCAUGGAGGGCUUCGUCACCCUGGACGAGGUGGGCGACGAGGAGGACUCCGACCACCAGAAACUGCGCAAGUCCGGCCUGGCUGCCAAGGCUGCGGGCAAGGGCGAGGACAGCCUGGCAGAGAUCAAGGUGGACAAGAUUGAGGAGCCAGAGCAGGAGAGUGAAACGUUAGAAAACGGAACGAAAAGCGAGGAGAACGCCAAGGCUGAAAGUGUUGAAGGUUCUGAUGCUACCACAGCACAGGAUGCUGAGAAAAGCACCCAGGAAAGCACAGACCCCCAGGGCGAGCAGGAAACAAAGAGUGUUCUGGAGAAACCUCUUGUCCCAGAUGAGUUUAGGAUUGGGCCAUACCAGCCAAACAUUCCUGUUGGUGUGAAUUAUGUGGUACCCAAAACAGGGUUUUAUUGCAAAUUGUGUUCCCUGUUCUACACAAAUGAAGAUGUUGCAAAAAAGACCCAUUGCAGCAGCCUUCCUCAUUAUCAAAAGUUGAAGAAAAUUCUGGAUAAAAUGGCAGAAGACUUCAGGCAAAAGAAAGAAGGUUAAAAAAAAAAAAAAAGGAUGUAAGGAAAACGUGGCUUUGUUUUUAAUGUUAAUCUUUUUUAAAAGCAGUACAAGUAGUAGAUGGAGAUACUGUAUUCUUUUUUGUUUUAGUGAGAUACAGUAGGCAUUAUAGGUCUGUUCAUGUGUUAAAUGUUGUAGCAAAAAGCAUAUGCAGUUAAGUUAAUGACAACAGUUUGUUCUUAAUGUGAGAAUGGCAACAACUUUUCAUUUGACACUUCAAGCUAUUACAGAAAAAGAAAUCUUGCACCCUUGUGGAAAGCUCAUCUAUGAGAAGAAAACUGCAUUUAAAUGAAACUUACUACUUUCAAGCUUCAGAAAUUGUCUUUCAAUUCCAUUCUGAAUAAAAAAUGAAAAGUAAUACUGUAUUUUUAUUUUAUCUAGAACAUUCCGUAUUCUGGUCUGAGCCUAGCAGCUGUUUAAUUUUGAGUGUAAGGCUGUCAUUGCAUUUCACUUUAAAAAGUCGUUAAAUGUAAGUUGCAUUUUUAAAUGUUGAAUUGCAGUUUCUUUUAAUGUCACUGCUGUUAUCUAUAGCAAAUAGGAAAAUUAGUGAUUAGUCAGCUUUACAACUUUGUGAUUUUUUUUUUCCUAAGCUCUUGCUAGACUUUCCUAUUCAGCUAUUCCGUGUAUUUUUAGUGAGAAGUAAAUGCCCAUUCUCUGACCAGUAUUAUUUCCUCAAGCUCUUCCUGCUUUUACUUGAAUCUUGUUGCUGUCGUACAUCUCUGGUAUAUCAAAAGCAGCAUUGGAGUCCUAAAAGGGACAGAGGUAUCUUUAUAUUCGUCACAUGGAAGUUUUCAUACCUGCAUUUUAACACCUUUUUUUUUUGUUAAAACCUGGUUUUGUCAAGACUCUUUAGAACUGUGCAUUUAAUGUACCUGCACAUGUGAGAUGUGAACAGGAAUUUGCAUGUGUAACCUGUGUUUAUCUGUAGUUUUUGUUAUUUACUGCUUAUUUGUGACUUCAGGUUACUAAAGUGAUUCCCAAUAAACAAAGCUAGACCACA